CUGUUAAUAAUUGGAACAAGCGAGCAUGAAACGAAUAUCAUACUGUGGGUGUCAUAACUACCGCUCAGAAAUUAUUUUGUGGGGUAGUUAAUUGGCUCCGUGUGCAUAGCUGCCAUCCCCCUGAGUGCCUAAAGCGACACCACAGGCUGUCUGGCGGCCGGCCAGGGCCAGUGCCAGUAAGGAUUCUCGUCCUGUGGGAACGUAUGGGUCGCUCCUGACUGCUGAUUUUCACAAACUGGCAGUUCAGUUGGAAAGGGGAAUCAUCAGUUAUAUAUAUUCAUAUCAAUUCCUCUACAGCGAAGAUGUGUCUUGCUUCAUGAUCAUAAAAGUAUUGAUCUAGACGUCUGAUAAGGUGUUACAUACAUUGCUAUUCAUUGGAAAAUCAGCCAUCAGUAUGUGCAAGCCAAAGAUAGAAGACAAGGACUCAACAUCUAUACUUGAUGAAUCCACACUCACAGCAGAGACCACCACCACCACCACCAAUGCCAAGAGGAAGGGCAGAAUGGUGCCCCAGGUAGCUGCGUGCAUUGCGGCCUCGCUGGGCACCUUGGCCAGCGGCGCCGUCAAUGGAUGGACUGCCAGCACAUUACCUUCCCUGCAGCAGGAUAUCCACAUGGGCACCAUAGAGACCGCCUUGAUGGUGGGGAUCAUCGGUGUGGGCGCCAUACUGGGCAGCCUGAUAGCAGGACGAAUAAUGGACUGCAUGGGCCGCCGCAAGACCAUCGUGUUGGCAAAUCCCGUGUUGGUGGUGGCGUGGAUAUUCAUGGCUGUGGUACCCAACAUCUACUUGGUGUUGCUCGGCCGCUUCACUUGUGGCCUCAUGACCUCCUUCCUCUUUUCAUCUGUUUCGGUGUACUGUAGCGAGAUUCCAGAAGCCCGAGUGCGAGGUAGCCUAGGCACGAUAUCUUCCUUUUUCAUCACGCUGGGAGUAGUGCUUUCCUACAUAACAGGAGCUUUCCUGCCGUGGCGGCACAGCUGUUACGUGUGUGCAGCGCCACCCCUCCUCUCUAUGGUCACCAUGCUAGCCAUGCCGGAGUCUCCGUACUGGCUCAUGUUGAAGGACAGGAGAGGUGACGCAGAGACAGCUUUAAAAUGGCUAAGAGGGCCACAUUAUGAUAUUAAUGAGGACCUGGAGAGCGUUGCUACAAAACUAAAAGCAGUGGGUACUAAGAGUGAAUAUCGAGAGCUGCUGCGGCCACGCACACGUCGACCCUUCUUCAUUUCUCUGUUCCUCAUGACGCUGCAGCAGGGAAGCGGCUCCAACAUCCUCAUGAUGUACACGAGUAACAUCUUCAUCUCGGUAGGAAUAGAAGACCACCAUAUGCCCACCGUGUACACCGGUCUCGUCCAGGUGGUGGGCACCAUUGGCUCAGUGUUGCUCAUGGACAGGCUGGGCCGCCGCACCUUGAUAGUGGCGUCCAUCACCACCGUGGGGAUGUUCACCAUCACACUUGGUGUCUACUACUACCUCGGCACUGUGGGGGUGUCGUGGCCUCAAGCGAUGCCGCUGUUGGCCAUGCUCAUGUCAGUUUUCGGGUACAGCUUGGGGUGCCGCACUAUACCGUGGCUGGCCACCUCAGAGCUCUUUAACACCACCAUCAGGUCCAGAGCUAAUACCAUCUGCUUAUUCUAUAAUAGAAUAUUGAACUUUGUUAUCAUACAGAUAUAUCCUUUCGUGGCUGAAGCAGCGGGACCCCAUAUAGUUUUCUUCUUCUUCGGAGCCUUCUCUCUUGUGUUAGGUGUCUUGGCCUUUUUCAUCCUCCCGGAGACUCGAGGGAAAUCCCUCGAACAGAUUCAGGAUUAUUUUGAGGAAAAGUCAAAGAAAGCAUCCAAGAGAAACACUAAAACAUCCACUGGCAAAGAUGAAGACAGUUUAGUGGAAGAGAGGACCAUCAGCCACAAAGUGGAUACACUUCUCUCGUCUCAUGUUUCUGUCGUGCCAUCAGAUGCGAAGCUAACAGUAGUCACAGAAAGAGGAGAAAUGACAAGAUUUUAAGUUAACUAACGUAGAACUGGAGUGUUAUAAUAUAUCUGUAAGUGAGAUCAGUGAGGCGGUGAGGGGACCUACUGAAGGUAUAUGCAGUGUACAUUACAUGCAUUUCUUAUUAAACCAGAGAACUCGUGUUUUUAAGAGAUAAGUCGAGUUCCAGAAUUUUUUUCUUCUUUUUUUCUAUUGAUGGUGCAGAUUUUCUAUCAAGCUAUCCCUGCAACCACGAAAAUAUUCCUGGAAAUCCUAAUUACUACGUAUUGCGUGUAUCGGAAAAUAAUGAUAAUGAUAAUAAAUAAAAAGAAGACAACCACAUCUGUGAAUAAGAUCCCAGACAUGUCCUACUGUUCUAGCGUUUCUUUUCUCAUUCUAUUUUUCCUUGCAUUACUUAAAUCAAUUACUUUUCUUUUGUACAUAACAUGCGAAUAAAAUAAGAUGACACAACACUCAUAUCCCUAUGAUAUUUUGUAAUUGUGUAAUUCGGUAAUUAUGCGUAGAUCUCACUCCGAGUAUAUAGAUAAUCUUUUGUUACUUUUGUAUAGUUUCAUUCACAGUUAAGGUGGACCUCUGCUGUCUCCUAAAUUGGCUAUUGGAGUGUGUUCACACUGUAGCUGAUGUAUUCUGGUAUGGGGAGCUCGUGGCUCGCCAGGCACUUGAUCACCACUUAUCCUAGAUGGUGCUAUGUCCGUCCAUUUUAAAGCAGCAUGCAGUAAAGAGGUGUGUUCUUGUCCCUGAGUAUGUGAUAAACACUGGUGGACGAUGGUCUUCACUCUCUGGGACGUGCCCUCUGCUCUUCUGGCGUGACAUAGUCAUCCACGUCAUGGAUGAUUGUUGAACCGUAUAGGCUCUUUUGUAGGUAGUCGCACCAAGAUUUUCCGGGUAUACUCAACUCUCUACUUGAUGGAAAAUUUUUCCUAUUUAUGUUUCUAAUAAAAGUGACACAUGUCAUUCAUACAUACAAGCAGGAGGAAUAAACACUUACCGAAACGUUAAUUUACUCUCAGCGAGGUCUAAUACCACUAGAUCAAGCUUCAGGGUGUGUUGUGAACAUUCCAUUAAAGCUAGUUGUGAUCUCGCUAAAUGUUUUCCUUAUUUGUGUCGUACAACUCAAGGGGGCAAUCACAGCCUGCCCUCUAAAGACAACUCUCUUUCUUCACACAAAACUACAUACACUUACCACACACACACACAC